AGUCGAGGGGGCCGGGGUGGGGCCAAUGUAGGCCAGGGCCGCGCGGGCGGGGCCGGGGCGAUGGGGAAUCUGUUCGGGCGCAAGCGGCGGAGCCGGGUCACCGAGCAAGAUAAGGCCGUGCUGCAACUGAAACAGCAGCGGGACAAACUAAAGCAAUAUCAGAAAAGGAUAUCGCUGCAGCUGGAGCGGGAGAGGGCUUUUGCUCGGCAACUAUUAAAAGAUGGCAAGAAAGAGAAAGCAAAGUUUCUGCUGAAGAAAAAACGGUAUCAAGAGCAAUUGCUGGACAAGACAGAAAACCAAAUUAGCAACCUGGAACGCAUGGUCCAGGAUAUUGAAUUCACACAAAUUGAGAUGAAAGUGAUUGAGGGCCUCAAAAUUGGUAAUGAGUGUUUAAAUAAGAUGCACCAGGUUAUGUCAAUAGAAGAAGUGGAAAGGAUCAUGGAUGAAACCCAGGAAGCUGUGGAAUACCAGAGGCAAAUAGGUGAAAUGCUGGCUGGCAGCUUCACUGUAGAAGAUGAAGAUGCCAUUUUAGCAGAAUUAGAUGCCAUCACUCAGGAACAGAUAGAUCUUCCAGAGGUUCCAUCAGAGCCUCUCCCGGAAAAGAUUCCAGAAACAUCGCCGGUCAGAGUCAAACCAAAGCCAGAAUUGGUGGCUGCAUCUUAACUCCAUUUCCUGGGGGGGAUCCCUGCAGGCUAUCCUGGACUCCCAGCAUGCCUAGGGUGCAAGAGGCUUCCGUGGUGUCCCAUUGGCUCUGAACAGCCAACGCCGGAGCAGGUUUCCUGCACAGAAUGGAAGCUGUAAACUGGUUAAUAUCCCAUAUCAAGAUUAUUUUGUAGUGUGCACACUCCCUUUUUUUGUAACGUAAACUGGAUUAAAUGGUGACUCUCGAAACCC